AGACUCCCUAGUUUUUUAUCCAUCCUCCAUACAAGGCCUGUGCGCUUGACUCUCGUGCAUUACUGCCAGUGCCGACCUAACAAUGUCCCUCAACACGGCGACCGGCGUGGCGACCAGCGGCCUACAGGGCCGACCCCCUAAGCUGACCGGGGACGUCAAGUCUACGGUUCAACAGGGCCACAAGACGGUCAACAAGACUGCCCAGAAUACCACCGAUUCGGUGCUGCCCGGCCAAUUUCCUGGAGACGAAGACGGAGUCAAGUCCGCCCAGCGCGAUCAGAACAAUGACGGCCCGAUUCUUUCUCCUAUGCGCGACUGGUAUCGUCGCUGGGUACCCCGAAUGUUCGACAAGAUGGAGUCAUACCUCAUGGGCUGGCUCUCCUGGCUCUUGCCGGGACCACGACAAGCCCGGCUGUACGACGCCGCAUCCAAGCGGCCGGCUAGUACAACCUUCCUCAUCUGCCAGCUGCUUUGUUGCGGAGUCCCGUUGCUCGUCUUCCUGGCCGGUGUCUUUUUGUUCGCUGCCGUGGCAAUUAUUCUCUGGUGUGUUCUGUCGCUGCUCAUCCUCGGUCCGGUCCUCUUGGUGGCUAGCAUGAUGGGUGUCUCGCUGUGGGGCUGGGGCUGGUUCUUCUACAGCGUCAUCAAGUGGGUCGAUCAGACCUAUCUGGGUGGUAUGCUUUCUCGGUUCUGGAUGUCGCGAAGCUCGUCUGAUGACGACGACGACGAAAACUCGGGCAAGGAGGAAGGGAAAGAGAAGGGUGGUGAGAAAAAGGAAGGAUGAGCAGAGCCAAAUGACGACCAAGACUGUGGAAGGGGUGCGGAUAUGGAGGAGUGGUCAUUGUGGAGUCAGAACGGUCUAGGGAAAUUGAGCCGUCGAUGUAUAGCCUAGUCGCUGUUCAUUGAAUUCUUGUAAUUAUUUUCUGACAAAUUUAAACUUAUUCUCUCAUAGAUCAUCAGGAGACAAAUGAUUCCCUCAGCUUUGACCAAGUCG